AUGAAUAAUAAUAUCCCUUCAGACCUCCCGGAAGGUCAUGUUCGUGUGUACGUGGGGAAGGACAAAGAGUUUCCUCGCAAGUUCGAUCUUGAAGCCAAUUACCUGAACCACCCACUCCUGGUGAACCUGCUCCACUUAUCCGUGGACGAAUUCGGCUACUCCUACAAUGGAGCUCUGAGGAUAGCUUGUGAGAUCGAUCUUUUCCAGCACCUCCUCCAACUCCUCCACACCAGAAAUCCCUCCUUCGCAGAACAUUACGUCGACCUUCCCGAUCUCAUUUCCAAGUUCUACGCUGCUGCAACUCAUCAUCAUCACAACUACUGCGGCCAAAACUAA